AUAAGUUUAUAUAUAUGCCUGUACUGUGUGGAACUGUGUUGUGAGGUUCAGUCAAGAUCAUUUCAUUGUUUUGGAUGCAUUCAUCCGUUAUCGGUUGGAAUCCAUUCAGGAACAGUUUUUUUUAGGCAGCGCUGUUUUGGUCUUGCACUUCAUGACUUAAUAUUCACUAGCUUGACCUAUUAAGCUAGUCUCAGUAUUGGUUUAUAUGAAGCCUGCUGACGUUUGCUUCUUCUUUGCCAGCAAGCGAAUGAAAACAGGGCAAAGCAAUCACUGAAGCUAUUUGAGGGCGUCAUUUGAAAUUGCUUCCCCGUUCAGGAAUGUGGUCCGACGAAGGUUGCCUUCGACACAUUGCCGAUUUGAAGCAGUGCGUCCAGGAUAUUUGAAGCAGGAACCCGGUUGAGUUCUUUGGUUCGUCGGCAGAAUCGGCGCAGCAUGGCUCAUGCCCGUCAGAGCACAUCAGUGUCCAGAGCGGACAGCCGCAUAGAGUCGGAAAAACGCCCAUCACAACCGCUUGCCUUGGACUGGGGACCAAACCGUGAACAGGGAGAGGACAAAGAAACAACCCAGGAGGAAGUUACACCGGAUGGUGUCUGCUACUGUUUUGCGAGGGUCCUGGCUCGUUUCUGGUACGUCGUUGGCAUCCUCGUCUUGGUACUCGCGUCUGUUAUGGCCGCCCUCACCUUCACCUUGUACGAACUCCCGGAUUUCGCAGACCCCACGAAGGGCUUUGAAGCUCGAGGGACGGCCAUCGCCUCACGUGUGUUCAGUCUUCAUAAUCUGUUAAUGCAGUCUGAGGAGUCACUGGUAUCCCGUCCCUCGGAUGCAGGAUUGAGGCAAGCAUCUGCCAACCACUCCUUGAAAGGAGACAAGCUGUUGCAUCAAGCAAGAAUCAAACGGUGGGCGAGUCUGGAAAAUGACCAAGGCAACCCAUUCUGUAAAUCAGCGCGGCUUUGGGAUGACGAUCUGCCUCACUUGGUGUUUGAAUCAGUCAGCGGCAGCAACAUCAUGACGCCGGAGGCCGUCAAAUCCGUUUGCCGAGAAGAGAGGCGGUUCGUAACAUCUCAUCCUUCUUACCAAGGGGGUUCUCUCGGCUGCGGCAAUGGCAAGUCUCCCCCGCUUGCCUGGUCCGUGGGAAACUAUAUCGCGCUCUUGUCCAACCGCUCGUCCUGUGAAGAUAUCACAGAAGAGGACAUUGAACAAACCGUGGGUUUGCUGGCACUCUGUGCAUCGUCGGUUUUUAACAUAUCAGGGCAGGAAAUGCAGGCCAAGACUAUUUCCAACUCUAUCCCUGACAUCUGCGGUCAACAUGAUUUCGCCGUCCACAGUAUCCUCUACUACCUCCUCCCGACAGAAUUUAGUCUGAACCUCAUGAGAAACGUCACACCCCUGUCAUCCCCGAUAACUGUAGUCUAUUUCCCCGUGUUUGGAGACAGCGCUGGAACUGUCCUAAAAACCAUUUACAAGGAGAAAAUAUUAGUUCAGCCAGAUUCAAACGGAAUAACAAAGCUCAGGGCGGUCAACUUUUUCAUCAAGUCAAGUAUGUUUUCCGAUUACUUCUUUGCUGAUAGCCUCUUCCUGUGUUUUGCGUCCGUAGCUGUUUUCUUCCUGUCUUGGGCUUACACAAGUUCAUUCUUAGUGACACUGUCAGCUUCUUUGAUCAUCAUCUUCUCGCUCGCCUUAGCCGACUUCAUAUACACAGUAGUGUUGCUGCGGCCUUUCUUCCCGAUUGCCAAUACCAUGGCUAUCGUCUUGAUAAUUGGAGUUGGGAUGGAUGACACGUUUGUCUUCAUGGACUUCUGGAAGAAGUGUCGGUCGGAGUUUGGCGACCAAGACUUGAUAAGACUCGUGCACGAGACCCUCCGUCAUGCGUUCGCCACGAUGCUUGUGACCAGCUUUACCACCGCAGCGGCACUCUACGCAGCGGUAGUCAGCCCUGUAACUGUUGUGAGGUGCUUCGCACUCUUUGCCGGUACUGCCAUCAUCAUGAAUUUCUUUUUGACAAUGGGUUUGCUCCCGUCGGCUAUUGUAAUGCAACAAAAAGUCCGGGUUUGGUGGUGCUCGCCGUUGCGGGACCUAAACCUGAGGUAUAACGUCUUUGUCAAAAUUAUUAAACCAGUGAAAAUGGUUUACUGCGAACUCAUUCCCUUUUUUGUGCUGAAACUGAGAUUCCUGUGGAUUAUUCUUUUCCUGUUGUUAAUGUCUGCAAGUGGGGUUGUCGUGUUUUAUUUUCCACGUUUGAAAGUGCCUCAAUCUCCCAGUCUUCAAUUUUACGUCGAUUCUAACUUUUUAGAGCAACAUGAAAUUGUGUUUAAGGAGCAGUUCUCGGCUACCCGUUCCAGGCCCUCAAGCACCCUAGGCUGUAUUCUCUGGGGUGUACAGGGAGUAGACAACGGUGACAUAUGGAACCCGGGUGAUUUUGGUACUCUCCUUUUAGACAAUAAGUUCCAGUUGAGCAGUUGGGACCACCAGGCGUGGUUUUAUAACUUCUGUCAUAAUAUCAGGAAUCAAUCUUUUUACAACUCCAAUUUUCCAUCAGCUUGUUUUAUGGAAGACUAUGUGCAGCUCAUGCGACGAGACUCGUGUGUCGAUCCCUUUACUGGCGAGGAUGCGACACCGUGUUGCAACCAGCCUGUCUUUCCCUACCACCCUUCUCUCUUCAAAACAUGUUUGUAUAAAUUUGCCAAUCAAGGGCUCUUUCCGAGUUUGUAUUUCAGAAGAGAUAAUGCUGAGCUGGCCGUGGUGAAACUCAUCUUUGGUACAAAUUACCUGAGCGGUUUAAACUAUUGGACAAAUAAUGAGCUCUGGGCCACCGCAGAUUCUUGGGUUGAGGAGACAUUACAAACGGCGCCAGUUCCUUUACAGAGGGGCUGGUUUGUCCCGACUGCCCCCGAUAUUCUUCUGUACGAUCUGCAACAAAGUCUGGCGUCUGGAACAUUACAUUCCAUGCUUAUUGCAUUGGCAGUAUCGUCCGGAAUCCUUGCACUGACCAUUCGGAAUAUUUUGCUCACCGUCUUUGCCGUGAUGACUGUGACAUGUGCCAUAUUUGUCACAGUGGCGAGUCUGGUCUUGCUUGGAUGGGAACUGAAUGUUGUACAAGCAACCAUGAUCAUUUUAGCUGUUGGCUUGCCGGUUGAUUAUACCAUUCACUAUGGGGUGGCUUAUAAACUCGCCCCCUUACAAAAGCGUGAGCAGCGCACGCGUUACUCUCUCAUCACCACGACGCCAGCUCUCACCAUGGCUGGUCUUUCAACGCUCUUGGUUGGGGCGUUGUUUCUUCCAGCCACAGUGCUCAGCUAUUAUCAGUUUGGGGUUUACUGGAUGAUUGUCACGAGUUCAAGCUGGAUUCAUGGCACGUUCUUUUUCCAGUCUCUCUGUGCGACUUUUGGACCUGAACAUUCGUGUUUCGACUGCUGUAGGCGAGGCAGCCAAUCAACGAGAGUCUCCCAUCCUGGACUCGCACGUACUAGCAGGCACAAACACACUGAAGGUUGGAUUGUCAGCGAGGAUAAGGGUAUUCAGACAGAAUCUGUCAGUCGAGUUAGUCCCGCUCAGACACAAACUACGAAGGUUGCAAUAAACAUGACGUAUACUCAGCAAUCUUCGACCAACUUUGACCCAACUAAUCCAAAACGGCUGAACCCUCUUGUAGGCAUUUGGUAGGUAAUAGACCAUCCGGUCACAAGGAUUAGGAGCCAUUACUGCGCCGUCCCCACGCACGUGAACAAAAGAGACGCGCGUUAAAUGCUUCCUCGUCAGCUAAUAGCAGCUCACUGCUAACCAACAUCAUGUGCUCGUCAAGCAUAGGAAAGCGUGCCUAAGUAACAGGGACACAGCAGUAAUGACGUCAGUGAGUCGGUCUAUAGACCAGCCAACACUGUACCAUUACUGAAUGCAACAGCCAAUCAGAGGAUGUUGCAGUGUUUGUCUUUGAAGCACUAUCAACUUUUCUUUUCAAACGAACAUUACUAUAUAAUUCUAAUUAGAAACCUUGUGCAUGAUGAAAUUUUUCUCACUUUUCUUGUGGCGACUCGAUGAUGCUUGCCUGCUAGAGAAUCUAGCAAGCUUAAUUAUUAUUAUUAUUGUUAUUUCUGGUAAUGACACUAAGAAUUCCCCCAAAG